CCUGCGCUCCCCGCAGCCGGAGCCGGAGCCGGAGCCCGAGGAAGACCCCUGGUGCCAGGAUCGGCCCCUGAUCUCGCAGGCGCCCCGCUCCGGCCGGCACCAUGGACAGCGAGGCCUUCCAGAGCUCGGGGGACCUGCUGGACCUGAACUUCCAGUCUCUGGCCAUGAAGCACAUGGACCUGAAGCAGAUGGAGCUGGACACGGCCGCGGCCAAGGUGGACGAACUGACCAAGCAGCUGGAGUCGCUGUGGUCAGACUCGCCGACGCCACCUGGCUCUCAGGCUGGCGCCCCCUCUAGGCUGCCCCGGUACAGCUCCAGCGCAGUCCCCGAGCCCUUCGGCAGCCGCGGGUCCCCCCGGAAGGCGACCAGCGACGGCGCGGACACCCUGUUCGGACGCUCCGAGAGCGCCCCGGCUUUGCUCCCCUACAGCUCGCUGCCCCCUAAGGGCCGGCCGUCAUCGCCGCGCACCCCGCUCUACCUGCAGCCGGACGCCUACGGCAGCCUGGACCACGACCUGAUGCUGCGACGGCGGCCUCCCAAAGCCUGGAACGAGUCGGAUCUGGACGUGGCCUACGAGAAGAAACCUUCACACACGGCUAGCUAUGAACGCCUGGACGUCUUCGGGAGGCCCUCCUCACCGGGCCUGCAGCUGUUGCCUUGGAGAGAGAGCAGCCUGGACGGGCUGGGGGCCACCGGCAAGGACAACCUCACCAGCGCCACCUUGCCCCGCAAUUACAAGGUCUCCCCUCUGGCCAAUGACAGGCGUUCUGAUGUGGGCAGCUACCGCCGAUCGCUGGGCUCCGCGGGGCCAUCAGGCACUUUGCCCCGAAGCUGGCAGCCUGUCAGCCGCAUUCCCAUGCCUCUGCCAACCCAGCCCCAGCCCCAGCCCCAGAUGCCCACACAUCCCCAGUCACAACCACAGCCUCAGCCUCAACCCCCUGCCCCAGUGCCCCAGAUUCCCCAACAGACCUGGAGUGAAGGUAUCCCCAAAGCCCCUGCUGAGCUGGAGCCUGAACCAGAGCUGGAGGGGCUGCUGGUACCAGUGCUGGAGGCUGGCGAUGUAGAUGAAGGCACUGUAACUCGGCCCCUCAGCCCCACGCGGCUGCAGCCAGCACUGCCACCCGAGGCACAGUCGGUGCCCGAGCUGGAGGAGGUGGCACGGGUGCUGGCAGAGAUUCCGCGGCCCCUCAAACGCAGGGGUUCCAUGGAACAGAGCCCUGCUGUAGCCCUGCCCCCCACCCAUAAGAAGCAGUACCAGCAGAUCAUCAGCCGCCUCUUCCAUCGCCAUGGUGGGCCUGGGGGGCCCGAGCCCGAGCUGUCCUCCAUCUCUGAGGGAUCGGAGGCCAGGGCAGGACCCCCUGCUCCUGCCCCACCAGCUCCCAUACCACCCCUGGCCCCGCCGCAGAGCAGCCCACCAGAGCAGCUGCAGAGCAUGGAGAUGCGCUCGGUGCUGCGGAAGGCGGGCUCCCCGCGCAAGGCCCGGCGCGCGCGUCUCAACCCGCUGGUGCUGCUGCUGGACGCCGCGCUGACCGGGGAGCUGGACGUGGUGCAGCAGGCGGUGAAGGAGGUGAGCGCUGCGGGGAGGCGCGGCUCCCGCACGCCCCUCCCGCUGGCGGCCCGCGGCCGUUCACACCUGCCUCCCACGCCCAGGACGCCCUUGCACUGUGCGGCGUCGUGCAACGACACGGCCAUCUGCACGGCGCUGGUGCAGCACGGCGCUGCCAUCUUCGCCACCACGCUCAGCGACGGCGCCACUGCCAUCGAGAAAUGCGACCCCUACCGGGAGGGGUACGCGGACUGCGCCACUUACCUGGCAGACGUGGAGCAGAGCAUGGGGCUGAUGCACGGCGGCGUGGUGCACGCGCUCUGGGACUACAGCGCCGAGUUCGGCGACGAGCUGUCCUUCCGCGAGGGCGAGUCGGUGACCGUGCUGCGCAGGGACGGGCCGGAGGAGACGGACUGGUGGUGGGCCGCGCUGCACGGCCAGGAGGGCUACGUGCCCCGCAACUACUUCGGGCUCUUCCCCAGGGUGAAGGCUCAGAGGAGUAAGGUCUAGCUGGAGAGAGGACGUUUGCAAGGGAGACCAGAGGAAGCAGCUUCGCCUUCGCUGCAGACCCCCGGCUCCAUCGCUGCUGCACCGCCCUGUGCUCCAAGCCUGGCAGGGGGGAGCCUCGCCACCAGCUCUCUGCUUCCCUGGAAGCCCAGGGGAGAACCUCAGCCUUAAGUUUAGAAACCUGCCUUAGCUGUGGGAGGUCAUUGUGGGGCUGGGAAUCACUGGGGGCAAGAGAGACCCCCCGUUUGCCAAGUCAGAUCCUGUCCAAAAUGCCCCCCACCUCUACAGCCAGCCCCUUCCCAAGCCCCUCAAAGCAAGUCAAUCCGCCAUCCCAGUGGGAUGGGCCACCUCCAGUGGCUUUACCUGGGAGUCACCUCUGGGGACCAGGGGAGGCACACUGGUCUCUCUACCAGGAUCCCUGCCCCUGCUUUCCCUGACCAAGUGCCUUCGCACAGUGCUGGUUUUAUAACAAAAUGGGGACACUUUCUUUAUAAAUAAAGGUAGUUUGCACAGAUAUUGUCUUCCUUCUCUUUGGGUUCCAUUCCGACUUAAUAAGUGAUUGUCACUGUUAUUUUUGGCAAAGCAGCCUUAAAGUCACCUCUUUCGAAGGGAUGUCCCUCAUGUAAAUUCAAUCUUUCCUCUUUCAAAUACACCUGUUUUUUAUUUUUGGUA